GACAGAGACCGUCAUUACACACACACACACAGACGAUUGCGAGGCUAAUGCUGUAAACUGACUCCAGAGCAGCUGAAAUCACAGUGAGCGGCGUCUGUGCCCGGGACUUUUUAAAUGUUCACAUCCAAACAACAGAGUAUGCAAAAAAGAAUAUGGAGCCCGACAGCCCGGCCGGUGACUUCCUGUCUCCAGAGUCCACAGUGACCUCCCUGCUGUCAAGCUCAGGUCAUCUGAGGAGCAGCCUGCGGGUCCCUGAACACACCACCACCUUCAGAUACAGAAACAAGAACUAUGACUCCGCCUCUGCGGCGCUGGACGCCUACAUCACAGACUUUGACAGCAGCUGUCAGAAGUGCCGGUCAGUGACAGGAAGACUCGUUCUGCCACAGAGUCCCUCGUCCACACCGAGCAGACUCAGAGAGAGCACACUUAGAAACAAAGACGUUCUUCGGGAGAGUUUGACGGAGAGGGAGCUGGACUUCCUGAAUCUGCCCGUCAGCUCCCUCCGUCACCGUGUCAACCGAGACAGACUCUCCAUGACAACGGACGAGCUGCUAUCUAUCCCUUACGAUGGCUCUCUGCCUGUCACCCACACGUCUGCCUUAUUACAAGGUCUUGUGUCCCAGUCUGGAGCCUCGCAGCUCCACUGCACCCCCUCCUGUCCAGGAUGUAGAGCUUGUUCUGGGCUCAGCAGCAGCCACUCUGACCCCCGUCUGAACCACCACCACCACCCUCAGUUCAUCCAUCGGUCCAGGAGCUCCAGGGUCAUAGGUCAAUCAGCAGCAGAGAAAGAGUUUCCUGUGAGCAGCAUUAAGUCUACACACAGAGCAGCAGCGUCACAGUGGGCGAAGCCUUCAGUGUCACACCCUCCCUGGUCUGACCUGAAAUGCCCAGCAUGGAUCCAGGACUGUGACCUCAGCGAGCCACUGCCACCGCCCUCAGAGUCAAAGCUGAGAGACGACAACAUCCACAGUGUUUUUCCACAUGUUGCUGCCAGAGGUGGAGCUCCGUCCUGGGUGGCAGAGCUGGAGGGGGAGGAUGAGAGCUGUUCACAGGUGGACAGCCAGCUGUCUCUCAGAGAUCUGAGGCUUCAGUUUGCUGAACAGAUCUCACAGCUCGCCGCAGAGAGAAGGAGCUCUGGCAGCAUGGAAACUCUGUUCAGAGACAACAGGAUCGAGUCUCUGAUCCAGAAAGCAGAUCACGUGCUGAACUCUCUGUGUCAGAGACGUGAAGGAACAGUGAGUCCAGUGAACACUGAGGAUCUGCUCACUUCUCCCUCACACCGUCCGUCGUUCCCUCUUAACUCAUCAGCAGCAGCAGGGGGCAGCACAGAGGCUCAGAGCGACAGAACAGCUGAGACUCCGGGCUAUGGUCUCCAUGGCAACAGCAUCUGGGAGCAGCCAGGUCCAGUGGAGGCGCUGAAACAGAUGCUGUUCAGACUCCAGACGGUGGAGGCGCAGCUUCAGCAGCGAGAAGGUGAAGCAGCGGCCGCUCCCACACAGCCUGAGAGGCUGCAGACGUUAGACACGCCGCUAAAGCAGAUGCCUGAAGGUGAAGCAGAGCUGGAGAGUUUUACAGGUGGACCAUCACUGCACAGAGCGCUGCAUCACCUGAACCGUCUGAAGCUCCUGGUGGGGGAACCUAGGGAGAAACAGCGGGAGGAGGAGAAGGAUGAAGAUGAAGGACGGUUCUCCGCCUCCUCUAAUGACGGACAUGUCUGUGCUCGGGACAAAGACUCCUGAAAAAUGAAGGACGACGACUUCCUGUCGGUGUCUCUGUCACAGAAGGUGCCGACAAACCUGAAUGAAGUUGUGUUGUGGCAGGUGAAGGUCAGGUGAGGGGGGCGGAGCAUGGGCGGAGCUCCUGGAGGCAGGACACUCACCCACACACUGUAUAAUAAGCCAUAACUUUUCCUGCAGUUUUCUACAGAACAUGUCUGAACUCAACACAGUGUUAAAGGGACAGUUCAGGUUUUUUGGAAGUGUGGUUGAAUGUACGGCUGCAACUAGCAUAUAUUUUCAUAAUCGAUAAAUCUAUCUUCUAUUUUCUUGAUUAAUUGAUGAGUUGAUGGUGUUGAUCAGUUUGUCAAAUGUCUUGUUUUGCUCACAAACCAACCGGGAAGUAAUCGGCUCUGCUUCAUGUGACAGUUUAUUCAAAUGUUUAUUUAAUUUGAACGGGCAUGUACAUGUCAAGUUAAUCCAUCAAAUGAGAUGUUGCAGUGGCAUCAAGACAAUGGCUGCAGACACACAGAUCAUUAUUAUCGAUAA